UUCCGUGCGGCACGCUCUCAAGAACUUUACACAAUGUCGGAAGACUGGGGAAAUGAAAUUGCUGCAAACACCGCAGCGGCCGCAGUGCCGCCACCAGCUGCUGCUGAGUUGCCAGAGAUCCAGCUGUUUGGUCGAUGGAGCUGUGAAGAGGUCCAAGUCAGCGACAUCAGCUUGACGGAUUACAUCCCAGUGAAGGAGAAGUUUGCCAAGUACCUCCCCCACAGCUCUGGCCGCUACCAGGUCAAGAGGUUCCGCAAGGCCCAGUGCCCCAUCGUGGAGCGCAUCACCAACUCCAUGAUGAUGCACGGCAGGAACAACGGCAAGAAGCUGCUCACCAUGAGGAUCAUCAAGCACGCCUUUGAGAUCAUCCACCUGCUCACCGGAGAGAACCCUCUACAGGUUCUUGUGAACGCCAUCAUCAACAGUGGACCUCGUGAGGACUCUACCCGUAUCGGUAGGGCUGGUACCGUCCGUCGCCAGGCCGUUGAUGUGUCUCCACUCAGGAGAGUCAAUCAGGCUAUCUGGCUGCUGUGCACUGGAGCUCGUGAGGCUGCAUUCAGGAACAUCAAGACCAUCGCUGAGUGCUUGGCUGAUGAACUCAUCAAUGCCGCCAAGGGAUCCUCCAACUCGUACGCAAUCAAGAAGAAGGACGAGCUCGAGCGUGUUGCAAAAUCCAACCGUUAAGAAGGGAUUUCAUCGUUGCUGUCGACUGGUUCAGCUUCCAGAGACACACACAACAUCUUAUUAGAGUGUCUCAUACAUUGUACAUGUAAAUUAAAUAAUCGGUCAUAAAAAAAGGGAA